AUGACGAGAUAUAUUUUUGUAACGGGUGGGGUUGUGUCGUCUUUGGGCAAGGGCAUUAUCACUGCCUCUCUGGCUGCCCAGCUGGAAGCUCGCGCGCUUAAAGUCAACGUGUUGAAGAUGGAUCCCUAUAUUAACGUGGAUCCAGGCACCAUGAGCCCGAUUCAACACGGUGAAGUUUUUGUCACCGUUGAUGGUGCCGAGACCGACCUUGAUCUGGGUCACUACGAACGCUUUUCAAACGUGCGCAUGUGUCGCGAUAACAAUUUCACCACGGGCAGUAUCUACGCAGAAGUUAUCCGGCGGGAAAGGCGCGGUGAUUAUCUCGGGGGUACCGUGCAGGUCAUUCCCCACGUCACGGACGAGAUCAAACGCCGGAUCCGCAAAGUAGCAGACGGCUUUGAUGUGCUGAUUGUCGAAAUUGGCGGCACCGUAGGUGACAUUGAAUCCCAACCCUUCCUCGAAGCCAUUCGUCAGCUGCGACUUGAAGUGGGCAGCGUACAUACGCUGUUUAUCCAUCUCACCUAUGUGCCUUUUUUAAGCAAAGCGGGUGAAAUUAAAACCAAACCCACGCAGCACUCGGUGAAAGAAUUUCGUUCUAUUGGUCUGCAGCCAGAUAUUCUGGUGUGCCGGUCUGAAAACCCGUUACCGCGCUCUGCACGAAGCAAGAUUGCAUUGUUUACGAAUGUGGAAGAACGCGCGGUCAUUUCCAGCUGGGAUGUGGACACGAUCUAUCAGGCGCCACUGAUGCUCCAUGAUGAAGGUCUGGACGACUACGUCGUUGAACGCCUGGGUUUAGAGACAAUCCCGGUAGACCUGUCCGAGUGGCGUGACGUGGUGCAGGCUCAACAGAAUCCAGAGCACACUCUGAAGCUGGCUUUUGUGGGGAAGUAUCUGGAUCUGCUGGAAGCUUAUAAAUCACUGAUUGAAGCGAUUACCCACGCCGGCAUUCAGACCCGUAGUGACAUCCAGAUUAACUAUAUAGAUGCUGAAGACCUCGAAAGAGACGGCACCGAUGUGCUGGCAGAUGCAGACGCCAUCUUAGUUCCCGGUGGCUUUGGUCGUCGUGGGUUUGAGGGCAAAAUUCUGGCCGCAGCCUACGCGCGUGAACAUAAAAUCCCCUAUCUGGGUAUCUGUUACGGGCUGCAUGCGGCGGUGAUCGAUCUGGCCAGGCAUUGUGCCCACCUGGAAGGUGCGCACAGCACCGAAAUUGACGGCGCGGCUAAACACCCGGUCAUUGGACUGGUGACCGAAUGGGUCAGCGCAGACGGUCAGGCACAGAAACGCGACAGUAACAGCGACCUCGGCGGCACCAUGCGUCUGGGUGAGCAGGCCUGUGUCCUGAAUCAGGGCACGCUGGCUCAGCGUGUGUACGAUACGAACGUGGUCUACGAGCGGCAUCGGCAUCGUUUUGAAGUCAACAACCACUAUCUCAAGGACCUUGAGGCCUGCGGUAUGGUCGUCGCUGGACGUUCUGAAAAUGGUGAGUUGGUUGAGAUGAUUGAACUGGUAGACCAUCCCUGGUUCCUGGCCUGUCAAUUCCAUCCUGAGUUCACCUCGUCGCCGCGUAAAGGACAUCCUUUGUUCACCGGGUUUAUCAAGGCGGGCCUGGCUCAUGCGGAGCAGUCAGAACAACUGGCGAUGGAAACCGCUGAGACGUUGAAAGAAAUUGCUGACGAUGUUGGCGUGCCAUUUAUCUAUAAGUCUUCUUUCGACAAAGCUAAUCGUUCGUCCAUGGAUAGCUUCCGUGGACCAGGUCUGGAGGAGGGGCUGCGUAUUCUCGAAAAAGUACGCACAACUUUUGCGGUACCAGUAUUAACAGACGUUCACGAAGACACGCCGCUGGAUGAAGUUGCGGCGGUUGUCGAUGUUCUGCAGACGCCGGCAUUUUUGUGCCGACAGACCAAUUUUAUUAUCAAAGCCUGUUCCCAGGGCAAGCCUGUGAACAUAAAGAAAGGGCAAUUCCUGGCGCCUCUGGACAUGUUGCAGGUGGCAAAAAAAGCCCUUUCAACCGGCAAUCCUGCAAUCACAGUCUGUGAGCGCGGAGCCAGUUUCGGUUACAACAACCUCGUUUCUGACAUGCGCUCAUUGUCCUGGAUGCGACAAACAGGCUGCCCUGUCGUUUAUGAUGCAACCCACUCGGUGCAAAUGCCGGGUGGCCUGGGCACGGUGUCCGGCGGUAAUCGGGAAAUGGUGCCGGUUCUGGCUCGAGCAGCUGUUGCUGCUGGCGUUUCCGGUGUUUUCAUGGAAUCCCAUCCGCGAGAGAUUCUCGACUCCCGCGGUAACCCAACCGUUGAAGCAGACGUACACUUAAGUUCCGGCAUCAUCGGCCGGGCAGUUGCGCCUUCCGGUGCUUCAACGGGUACUCGUGAAGCUCUGGAACUGCGUGAUGGCGAUGCCUCCCGAUACAUGGGCAAGGGUGUGAGCCAAGCCGUAGGGCACGUUAAUUCCUCGAUUGCCGGCGCUCUGCAGGGUAUGGACUGUACAGAUCAGCAGGCGCUUGAUCAGGCGCUGCUGGCGCUGGAUGGAACGCCUAACAAAUCGAAGUUAGGCGCUAAUGCGAUGCUCGCUGUUUCACUGGCAGCGGCCAAAGCCGCCGCGUUGAGCCAGCAGGUGCCACUGUAUCAGCACAUUAACCAGCUGGCGGGUGCGCCGCCGAUGUGUAUGCCGGUACCCAUGAUGAACAUCAUCAAUGGUGGCGAACACGCGGACAAUAACGUCGAUAUCCAGGAAUUUAUGGUGCAGCCGGUAGGCAUGAGCUCUUUUCGCGAAGCGUUGCGUGCCGGUACAGAAAUCUUCCAUCAUCUGAAAGCUGUGUUGUCCGGUAUGGGAUUGUCAACUGCUGUGGGUGACGAGGGUGGCUUUGCGCCUGAUCUCACAUCAAACAGGCAGGCGCUGGAUGUGAUUGCUGAGGCUAUUGAAAAAGCCGGUUAUAAGCUCGGCAGCGAUAUUACGUUAGCGUUAGAUUGUGCUGCAUCGGAGUUUUAUGAAAACGGUCAAUAUAACCUCAGCGGUGAAGGUGUCAGCUAUGAUGCGCCCGGGUUUGCAGACUAUCUGGCGGCACUGAGCGACAAAUACCCGAUUUUGUCCAUUGAAGAUGGUAUGGACGAAAGUGACUGGGCAGGCUGGACCGAACUGACACAGAAAAUCGGCUCGCGGGUGCAGUUGGAACAAUUGACGCAACAGCAACAGCGUGUCGAAGUGCUGCAGCAGCGCAAUCAGAUACUGCUGGCAGAGGUAGUCGCGAUGAAAGGUGAUCGCAGUGUCCUGGAAGCGCGAGCACGACGGGAUCUUGGCAUGGUAAAGACCGGUGAAGUAUUUUAUCUGAUCCCGGAUGCGCAAAUCAAAGCAUUACCCGAACACUUUCGGGUCGAUGAGGUGUUAGAACUGCCGUUUUCAGGGCAGGGUGAGCACGCCUAUUUUUAUGUUGAAAAGACCGCUCUGAAUACGGCAGAUAUUGUCGCUAUGCUGGCAGCUCACUUCCAACUGGCACCUCAGGCCAUUGGUUAUGCCGGACGCAAAGACAAACAUGCCAUGACACGACAGUGGUUCAGCGUUCCAACGCCGGAAGAUCACUGGGAGCCUGAGAAUCCAGGGGUAAAAGUUCUUCUAUCUCGGCGCAGCGAAAAGAAACUCCGGCGCGGUGAGCACAGCGCCAACACCUUUGAGCUGACGCUGACCGAGGUGAAACACUGGUGCGGGUCUUCGAUGAGUUCGUUAUCAGAGUGUUUCCCCAACUACUUUGGCACCCAGAGGCUGUCUGCCGGCAACAUACAACAGGCACAGGACUGGCUGCGCAGUGGGGGGUGGGGGCGUGCAUCCCGGGAUCAACCUCGCGGUGCGCGUCGUCGACAACAGAAGCACAAAAGUGGUCGUCGCGGCUGGCAUCUGUCUGUUCUGCGGAGUCUGUUAUUUAAUGCCGUACUGGAUCAGCGUGUGGCUGUGGGCAACUACGCCACGUUGAUCGACGGUGAUGUUGCAAUACACGAGCUGCCUUCCGGACCACUUUGGGGCCGCGGUCGCUCCCAGGUGAGUGGGUUGGCUGCAGAAAUCGAGACCAGCGCGCUAGCACCAUUUGCGCAUACCUGUGAAGCGUUGGAGUAUGCGGGCGUAUCCAUGGACCGUCGUGUGUUGGCGGCACAGGCUAAAGGCUUGGAAGUGUCACAGGCAGCUGACGAUGUGUGGGUCCUGAAGUUCACGCUGCCCCCCGGAGUGUAUGCGACAACGCUGCUGGCAAACCAUUUCAACGUCCACGAUGCCAGCGCUCGCCAUGAGUAA